AUGUACAUCUCCAGGUAUAACCCACCCGCACAGAUUCUGGCACUGCAGCCCCCACAACCCAGGCACUCCGCCAACCAAACCAACUGGCGCAGCCCAUGGAUCAAACUGGUGGACAGAGGUGAACAAGCAUACCUACCGCGAUCCUCACCAGCUUUGAUCAUUCAGCCAACACCGACAACCCUCCACCAACUGAGUCACCAAUCCCAGCCGACCCAAGUAUCUCAAUCUGCCAAUGCCCCUACUCCUCUUCCCAAAAACAAGCCAAGCCCCACCGCCGAUCAACCAUCAUCACCAGUAGGAAAUCAAAAACCAGCCAGAAGGAUAUAUGUCCAAGGCAUAUUAGUCGUCCGUAAUGUCAAUGAGCCUCCGAUCAACUCUGCAACCCCGGACUCUUACAGUCUGAUCUAUCACACACCACACCACCCUAUCAUUGAAGAAAAGCGAGCACCUCUGGCUCCCACCGAAGGUAUCAUCAGUCCUCCUCCUGUCGUCGUCAGUCAGCAAAAUCUUUUAGAAUGGAUCGAUGGGAUCCGUGGCCUUGCCUCCUUGGUCAUCUUCACUCAUAACUUCAGUGAUCUCACCUGGGCUCAAUCUCAUCCCGAGGUCCUCCCUCUCGGUAGUAUCUACGGCUUGUUUCGGAACGGACAGUUGGCAGUCGGCAUGUAUUUCUUCCUGGGUGGUCGAGUGCUCGCCCACUCUUUCCUGCGAUCCGCUUUCACCCGACCCAUGGUCCCCAAGGACUCUCACGGUGUCCCCAUCCCCGGCGGUAAGGCUGCCAGAUGGACCGGUCCCCGUUGGCUAUCUCUUUCGUCUUCCUUGUUCCGUCGAUCCAUCCGUCUGGCUUUCCCGGCCAUCAUCGUUGCGCUGAUCCAAUGGAGGAUCGCUUCUCAAGGCAUGCUCGGCGACCGACCGAUCAGAGCUGCCCAGAUUCUUACCCCUACCGCCCUAUGGGAGCCAAUGUGGAACCAGAUAGGAAACCUUGGAGGCUUGCUUCAGUUCUGUCUCGACUUGUUUACCAACCGCGGCCACCAGUACAUGCUCAGUGUCGGAUCGGCACUCUGGACAACUUAUGACCAAUUCUGGGGCUCUGUCCUCGUUUACAUCCUGGCCGCUUCGGUCGCUCAAGUCGGAUGGGUCGGCCGAUAUCUGAUCUACUCGGCUGUCUGCGGUUCUCUCUGGUUGAUCAACAGCCCCAACAUGCUCUAUGUGCUCGGUCUCUGGCUCGCUGAUCUCCACGCUGCCGGCUUCAUUCGGAAACUUCACCUUUUGAUAGCCAACAUGAUCGCAAACGAGACCCUCCCAAUAGUCACCGAAAAAGCUCUCGGGGGUGGAAUCCAAGCCAUCAUCAUCUCCACCGUGUUGGUGAUUGUGUUCAGCGAGAUCAUACCGCAGACAGUCUGCGCGACCUACGCACUUUGGAUAGGUGCAUUCUGCGCCAAACCAGUCCAGAUCCUCAUCUACCUUUUUUACCCUAUAGUCUGGCCCAUCUCUCGGUUAUUGACUAAGCUGAUAGGGGAACACUCGGGGGUCAUCUACCGGCCCUCCGAGCUGAAGGAACUCGUCAAUCUCCAUGCGCGCAAAUCUGAGCACGGGGGCGAUCUGGCCGAGGAUGUAGUGACGAUCAUCGGCUCGGCAAUCGACCUACAAGAACGCGUCGUCCAAGACUUGAUGAACGCACUCGACCAUUGUUUCAUGCUCAACAUUGAUACUCAGUUGAACUACAAGACUAUGUCCGCUAUCCUGACCAGUGGCCACUCCCGAAUUCCAGUAUACGAAAACGUGAUUACUCCUUCUGGUACCGGUCGUAAGAUCGUUGGCGCUCUGUUGACCAAGCAAUUGAUCCUGAUCGAUCCCUCGCUCGUGGCUUACCCUCCCCUCGAUCGAAUAGUCUCUAUCCUACUUCUCCCAAACAUCUUGGCCCCCAUUCACAGCAGAACUCUCGAAAGAACCGGUGGAUUCAGUCCCAUUCUUGACUCGCAACCAAAUCAAGACCAGCAUCGCAUUGGGCCAGGUCUUGUGAGUCUUACCUCUAGCUCUUUUAACUCGCAAGCUUCUCUAUCUGACAACUUGGGUUGCUUUCAAUUGACAGAGUGCUUCAUCGAUCGUACGUUUACAAGCUCAAUGCAUGGCUCAACAAGCAUCCAGGGGGCAUUUAUCGUCGGCAAAGUCGUACCCGAAGAAUGGGAGGACAAAAAGGCGGGAGGCGGUUGGAAGCCUUUAAAUCCACCCAUCCAAAUCGGGCUGUGGCCGAUCCCUAGCAUUGACGAGAUCCAACCAGAACCUCUCAGGAAAAAACCGGAGCCAAUCCUCCAAAAAUCCGAUCACUUGGCAAUUCUCGAUCACAUCCUUGAUCAUAAUUCACGCUCAAUUCCCGAUUAUUCGAAGAACUUUCGUACCAUCGAUCACGUCACUUCAUCAACAAGGCUAGACGAAAUCCUGAGCGCCUUGGAACCAGCACCCGAUCCUCCCCAGGAAGCAUUCCAAGAAGCGUUCUUCUUGACUCAUCCCACAUUCCCCCUCUUGAAACGAUAUCUGGCAAGUUUUCUGCUCGACCCGACCGAUGUUCCAUUCGUCGAGACUCCUUCAACACUUCGCUGCUUCGUCUGCGCCGUUUUUCUUGGCCUUUGGUGGCACCAAAUUACCUUCGUUGCUCAUGAUGCCGGACAUUCGGUCUCUCACAACCAAGCCGGUUUCCCUAAUGCAAGACCCACACAUGUCCUAACUCCUUCCAACAGUAGUCAUGCUGUUGAUUCGAUCAUGACUGACGGUGAACCGUCUGGCAAUCAUCACCAACCUAAUGGUCAGCCAUAUCCACAACGUGGAUAUGCUUCUCCACCCGAGAUCCAUCGGUGUGGCUCUCAACCCUAUGAAAACUAUCCCCCACCACCUCAUGGCUAUGAAUAUUCCGCACCACCAAUGAUCGCACAGGACCCUUCAUAUCUAUGGCUCUCUCCUGGUCUUCCAUCACCGUCUGAUCCCAACCGCAUCUCUGCCAACCCUCGUCACGCAACUACUAGCAAUCAGCUCAAAGUGCGAAGCAGGACCCUGGCCUCAGUUUUCUCUGGAUCUCAGUCCCUCAACCCAGUAACUAUCAUCAACCCCAACAGUCCUCCACCAGCCCGCCCGGUGCUCAUGCCGGUGGUAGUCCCAACCUCGUCUUCGAUCUCACUGGGACUACGUUGA